AUGGCAAAAACUCCUAAGAAACAAAACAAAAAACCAACGUCGGCGUUGUCCGGAAGACCAACGAGAACCAAAAAGUCAACGAUUUCUCCUGAGUUCGAAGUUUACGCUAUGACGGUUAAAGAUUACAAGAAACGCGGUCAGGCUCAACCUAUCAAUCCGAAUCGUGCCUCUACCGGAAGCCAGAAGAGAACCACUCACCAAUCUCCCAGAGCCGUUCGGAAUGCCGAGGCGGUUCAGAAUGUUGGAGCGAGCCAAAGUUCUGGAGCAGUCCGAAAUGUAGGAGCCGUUCGAAAUACCGCAGCCGUCCGAAAUACCGGAGCCGUUCGAAAUACGGGAGCCGUUCGAAAUGCCCAAAAAGUUGUGUCUGCUCCAUCAGCAUCGUCCGGAAGACCAACGAGAACCACAAAAUCAACGAUUUCUCCUGAGUACGAAGUUUACGCUGUGAAGGUAAAGGAGAACAAGAAACGCGGUCAGGUUCAACCUACCACUUCAAAUAGUGCCUCUACCGGAAGCCAAAGCAGAAACACUAGCCAAACCCCCAAACCCGCUCAGAAAGCCGGAGCGGUUCGAAAUGCUGGAGCGGUCCGUAAUGCUGGAGCGGUCCGUAAUGGUGGAGUAGUUCAAAAUGCUAGAGCGGUUCGAAAUGCUGGUGCAAUCAGAAAAGCCGGAGCCGUCCAAAAUGCCCAAAGCGUUGUGCUUCCUCCAUUGGCAUUGUCAGAGAGAAAACCGAGAGAAAGAACAACGACCUUCAAGGGCUCUGAUUACUCUAAUACACUGAACGGAAAGCAACAAAAGAAGGCUGCCUCACAAGUCUAA